UGUCGGCUGCCUACCUUUGCCUAGUAAUCAAGCUUUUACAUCAUUCCAUUCAGUGUCGGCUUUCGGUAUUCGUGAUUCCAACAUUUCGACGCUAUACCUUGACGCGAGACGUCCCAUUCGUGUUUAUGAGAGGUGAUUGACCCACUUUCGCCGACUUAUCAAUCGAUAUUUUUUUUCCACCAUAGCCAAUGGAUAUUCGGAUAGCGUGCCGUGUGACAUUUUCGUAUUAAUUUUUUACAUAUCCCCCCCUGUUCACGUCGACUUCUUCACUAUCAAGAACAACCAAUUUCUGUACGCUGAGUGACCCAAGUUUAUACCAUAUCAUUUCGGGACUGUCAGCCCACACCAAUAUCCGGAAUAUGAAAAGGAUGCAUUGAUUUUUUUUCGAAACACUUCAACCUCAACCGGAAUGAAAUGGAAUCCAGAACAACUCGUUCCAUGUUGAGUGGUGACGAAGAAUAAGGGAUCAAAUAUGAAUACUACUUAACAGAAACAUCGAUUAUUGUGCGCCUCGAUCAUUGCAGUGUAUAAAGUUAUACCUGGGGGCUUAAGAUCUUUGCAAAGGGAUAAAUGAUAGGGUAGAAGGCAUGAAUGACAUCGAGAAUUUGGGUAUGAAUUCCAGUGGAGGAAUCGGUUCAAAAAUGCCUCAUAGUCACUCAACACCUGCUGGUGUAGACGGAGGCAGCCGAACACCUCCAGCAACACCAAGAAAGGCUGGAAAAAUGCUUGCAGUUCGUGUACAAAUGCUGGACGACACUGUUACCAUGUUUCAAGUACAGGCAAAGGCAUUAGGCAGGGUAUUAUUCGACCAAGUUUGCAAACAGUUGAAUCUCUUGGAAGCCGACUACUUUGGUUUGGAAUAUCAAGAAUCUAAUGGAACAAAGUAUUGGCUGGAUUUAGAGAAGCCCGUUUGCAGACAGGUGGGGCUCACUCUUGUUGAUCCGCUUUUGAGAUUUUGUGUGAAAUUUUACACACCGGAUCCAGCUCAAUUGGAGGAAGAGUUUACCAGAUAUUUGUACUGCUUACAAAUAAAACGGGAUUUGGCUCAAGGGUCAUUACAGUGCAAUGACAAUACAGCUGCUUUAAUGGCAAGCUAUAUUGUGCAAGCGGAAUGCGGUGAUUAUGUAAUAGAAGAUUAUCCCGAUCACACUUACUUAUCGACUUAUAAAUUUGUGCCUCAUCAGGACAUGGAAUUGGAACGGCGCAUCAUGGAGAAUCAUAAGAAACAUGCGGGACAGUCUCCAGCAGAGGCAGAUCUCAAUCUCCUGGAAACAGCUCGGAGAUGUGAAUUAUACGGAAUAAAAAUGCAUCCAGCUAAGGAUCACGAGGGGGUUUCUCUGAAUUUGGCUGUAGCGCACAUGGGUAUAGUUGUGUUUCAGAACUACACGAAAAUAAAUACAUUCAGUUGGGCAAAGAUAAGGAAAAUAAGCUUCAAACGAAAACGAUUUUUAAUAAAAUUACAUCCGGAAGGUUAUGGAUAUUACAAAGAUACCGUUGAGUUCUUUUUUGAGGGACGUAAUGAGUGCAAGAAUUUCUGGAAAAAGUGCGUGGAAAAUCAUGGAUUCUUCAGAUGUUCAACAGUGAAACACGUUGUCAGACAAAAAACACGAGUUCUCAGUCGUGGCUCUUCAUUCAGGUACAGCGGCAAGACUCAGAAACAGAUCGUGGAGUUUGUCCGAGACAACUAUGUAAAGAGACAAACUUUCCAUAGGUCCAAUUCGUUCCGGCAGACUAGCGGUGGUAGGGCAUUGCAGGGCUCGGAGGGGGGAGGCUAUCGUGGGGCCACUCCAAGCAGCUCCCUUAUGGGCAGCUCCAGCAUCUCUGCCCACCCCCUCCUGCCCCUUGGCGACCCUGCUCUGGGAACACCAGCUCUGUCUCUGUCAUGCGGCUCGAUGACACUGGAUUCUCCGACGACUGCGACGAGUGUGUUGAUGGGAGGGAUGGGUCACCAUCGCGACGACACAGCUACGUCCUUUCGGACGCUCACCUCUAUCGACGUCCAUUCGCCAGCCACCCCCAGCCUGGCACCAGCACCACGUCAGCUUGCCAGCAGUCAGCAACGGAUUUCAUCAACAGAUACGGAGUUCGAGUCGCAACAGUCGCCGCCUAAACAAGAAAAUAAUAAUUCGUUCUACACUUCGUCACAAGCUGAGAAAUGUUCAAAUGGAAUUGUUGGCAUUGGUACACCCCAUGUUCAAAAUACUCCGGAUUUGAGCCCCGUCAAACAAAUAAAGAACGGAGAAGUUGAGGACAAAAAAACUAAGCGAUGGCCGACCGAUAAAGCUUACUAUAUCGCCAAGGAAUUGUUGAUGACGGAACGUACGUACAAAAAGGAUUUGGAUGUAAUCAAUGUGUGGCUCCGAGAAGAAAUAUCCAGAGAGACUGAACCUGAGGGUGAAACUGCGGUGGGUUUGAUCGAACUUUUGGCAGAUGCACACGGGCCUUGUCUCCAAGAAAUGGAAGCUAGAUUAGCUAGAUGGGAAGGAAACGCACGUCAUAAUAUUGGAGAUUUUCUUUAUAACACGUUAUUGAACGUACUUCCAUUAUAUGAUCAGUACUUGGAAAAUCUUAUACCAGCUCUGGAAAAAAUGGAAUACUCCGUGAGAACUUCCAGAAGAUUCGAUCAACUUUGUCGGGACUUUGAAGCACAGAAACAUUGCUAUUUACCACUCAGCGCUUUUUUACUGAAACCAUUACAAAGGCUGCUACAUUAUAACAGUAUUAUCGACAGGCUGCUCGAUCAUUAUCCGAAGGAUCAUACAGAUUUUGAGGAUUGUUUAGCGGCGAGGGAUCGUUUAGGCGAAACUUUGCUGGAGGGUCUCACUGUGUUGAAUCAAGCGGAAAAUCUCGUACAAUUAUGCGAAUUACAAAAGGAUAUGAGCGGAUUUGAUAAUUUGGUACAAAACGGACGGAGGUUCAUCAGACAAGGUUGCUUACAAAAGUAUAGCAAUAAAGGAUUUCAACAAAGAAUGUUUUUUCUGUUUUCCGAUAUCUUGCUCUACACUUAUCGUACCCAACAACCAACUCAGUGUUUUCGAGUACACGGCCAGCUGCCAUUAAAAGGUGUGAAAAUUCAGGACGGAGACAACAAGACUGGGACACAUUUUGCUUUCGUCAUUUUUGGACAGGGGAAUACGCCUUUAACGGUAGCUGCCAAUAGCGAAGAGGAAAAAGAAAGAUGGCUUGAAGAUUUGAAUAUGACAAUUAUUCAAGCAAACGAGUCCCCCGAUGGAAAACAUCCGUAUUUGUCAGCCAAAUCUUGUAUCUUGGGUUCGGCAGAUGAAGUUACGGAUGACAUAGGAUCAGAUUUGGAAAGAUCAACUUGUGGAGGUGCUAAAGCUUCACAACGUAGCAACACGACGGUUCACGUAUGUUGGCAUCGAAACACCAGCAUAAGUUACAGCGAUCAACUCAGAGCAUUUCAGAAUCAACUCAGCGGAUUUUUGUUGAGGAAAUUCAAGAACUGUAAUGGGUGGCAGAAGCUGUGGGUCGUAUUCACGAAUUUCUGUCUAUUUUUCUACAAAUCUCAUCAAGAUGAUUUUCCCCUGGCUAGUCUACCGCUGUUGGGAUAUACAGUUUCGACGCCGACAGAAAAAGAUGGAAUAAAUAAAGACUUCGUUUUUAAACUACAGUUCAAAAAUCAUGUAUAUUUCUUCCGAGCGGAGAGCGAUUACACUUUCGGAAGAUGGAUCGAAGUUAUCAGAAGCGCGACACAGCAGAAUCAUGUACCGAUGAGCUUUACUCAGAAGGACGAUCGUUAUUAGGGGAACCAGAUGCAAGCGGAGCGCAGGAUAUCAACGAUAAUAGCAAUAUCGGAAAAAAGUUUGAAUAGAUGUGCCCGUUUUGUUGAACGACGGAGAAUAUUGAUUAGGAAUUUGUUAUCGGUAUAGACGUUGUAGGAAUCAGCUCAGGAAAAAAUUCUAAGCCCUCACUAACGAGUCAAACUCAAGAUUAUGGGGCUUUGAACAGCCUAUUCAGGUCAUAAAAUGAUGAAAAGUUGCACUAAUUGGGUGGGGAAUUGAUUUUAAUGAGCGUUUAUCCGCCGAGCAAAUUAUUUCGUCAAGGAUUUGAUCAAAAUCAGGAAUUACUAUAAAUAAAUUCCUAAUCAUAAGAACACUUUCAACAUAAUAUAAAAUACAAAUUCACACAAUCGAAUAAUUGAUAUUGAUCGAUAAUCCAUUAGUAGAAUCGGACCAAUUAAUAGAGAAAUCAAAUGUUUAUAGUUUAAUUAGGAUGAGUCUUUAAAAAGACGAUAAAUUGUUUCUUGUUGGUAUUUGAAUAACGAUUUUCACGACUUUUUCCAAUUUGUUAGAAUGAUUUUUAUUUUAAUACCUGGUCAGAUUGCGUGUCAAAGUAUCUGUGGAUUUUUUGUGUGCGAGACCUAGACACGAGUAAUGGUUAUUUAGAAAUGUUUCCAAUUCUCACUCAGAGGGUACAAAAAUGAAUACAUUUCAGAUGCAUUUAGUAGCGACCGGUUUAUCUUUUUUUGUUGAGUUUGAUUUUUGAAUGAUAUUACAUAGUUAUUAUAUGUAUAUGUAAAAUAAAUUAUAGUUAGUUACCUACCGAAAUUCAUGGCUAUUCAGAACGCAGAAUACUGCUCUUCUUCCGGAAUACUGCUUGUAACUUCUUUCCGCAACCGAGUUACAGGUGUUCCAAUAGAUUAAUUUAUACGUGAAAUCAUUCGAAUCACCGGAACAAUAUAUAUAUAUAUUUGUUUUUUAUCACAGACUGUUUAGUUAAGGUUAUCACAUAUCUUUUACUUAGUUAUCGAAUUCAUUAUUAACGACUGACGUUUGAUAUUUUAUUUAACAUAUAUUUCAAGGUUGUUAAGGAUUGAUGUAUUUAUUCAUGCAAUCAUGCUUUAGUUUAUCAUAUUAUACUCUUAUAUCUAGUUGUUUAGAAUUUACAUAGCAAUAACGUAAAAAAUAACGAAAAAAGGAGCCUAGCAUGUUUUGUGCAAAGCAGAGUAAUUUGUUUGGCAGCUUAUUAAGGUUAAUGCAGUAGUCUAGUUUGUAUACUUAUGUAUGUUCAAUUCACUGACUCAAAUUAAUGUGUUAUUUACUCCAUUUUUUUUUUUAAACAUUUUUAAUAUCAAAUGCACACACUAAGGGUAGUAUUCAUAGUCCGGUCUUCUCAAAUAAGAUAAAUAUUCGAGGACUAUGAAUACGGCCCUAAAUGGCGAAUUAAAAUUUAAGUUAUAGCGAUUACGAAAAUCUUUUUACUCUGUCAUAACGACAAUAAAAUAUUAUUGUAGUAACAUCACAACGCAUAUUUGCAAUAAAUAUUAUCACCAAUUAUCA